CCCGCCGGGCCGGGGCGCCGGGGCGCCGGGGAGGAUGGAGCCGGGGGGCCGGGCCCGCUCGGGUGCCCCGCAGCCUGCAGCCCCGGGGCUGUGCAGGGCUCGGGCGGCGGGCGGCGGGGGCGCCUCCUCCUGGCUGCUGCUGGACGGGAACAGCUGGCUGCUCUGCUAUGGUUUCCUCUACCUGGCGCUCUACGCUCAGGUGUCCCACUCCAAGCCCUGCGAGAGGACCGGCUCCUGCUUCUCGGGUCGCUGUGUCAACUCCACCUGCCUGUGCAACCCGGGCUGGGUCGGGGACCAGUGCCAGCAUUGCCAGGGCAGGUUCAAGUUAACAGAACCUUCUGGAUAUUUAACAGAUGGCCCAAUUAACUAUAAAUAUAAAACUAAGUGUACAUGGCUAAUUGAAGGCUAUCCAAAUGCAGUGUUGAGAUUAAGAUUCAAUCAUUUUGCUACUGAGUGCAGCUGGGAUCACAUGUAUGUUUAUGAUGGAGAUUCGAUCUAUGCACCCCUGGUGGCUGUGCUUAGUGGCUUGAUCGUCCCUGAAGUGAGGGGCAACGAGACAGUGCCUGAGGUUGUCACAACAUCUGGCUACGCGCUGCUACACUUCUUUAGCGACGCUGCAUAUAACCUAACUGGCUUCAACAUUUUUUACUCAAUCAAUUCUUGUCCUAACAACUGUUCUGGCCAUGGAAAGUGUACAGCCCGUGUGCCUGUUGCAAGUCAAGUGUAUUGCGAAUGUGAUAAAUACUGGAAAGGGGAAGCGUGCGACAUCCCUUACUGUAAAGCCAACUGCGGCAGCCCAGACCAUGGCUACUGCGACCUGACUGGAGAAAAACUCUGUGUUUGCAACAACAGUUGGCAGGGUCCGGAUUGUUCUCUGAAUGUUCCUUCUACGGAGUCUUACUGGAUUUUGCCAAAUGUUAAACCCUUCAGCCCUUCUGUAGGUCGGGCUUCACAUAAAGCAGUUUUGCAUGGGAAAUUUAUGUGGGUGAUUGGAGGAUACACCUUUAACUACAGUUCUUUCCAAAUGGUUCUGAAUUACAAUUUGGAAAGGAGUGUAUGGAAUGUAGGAGCUGUGUCAAGGGGACCUCUUCAGAGAUAUGGACACUCUCUUGCUUUGUAUCAGGAAAACAUCUUUAUGUAUGGAGGCAGAAUUGAGACAAGAGACGGCAAUGUCACUGAUGAAUUAUGGGUUUUUAACAUACCCAGUCAGUCCUGGAGUACGAAAACCCCCACUGUCCUAGGGCAUGGCCAGCAGUACGCGGUGGAGGGCCACUCGGCACACAUUAUGGAGCUGGACAGUAGAGACGUUGUCAUGAUUGUGAUAUUUGGAUAUUCUGCAAUAUACGGUUACACAAGCAGCAUACAGGAAUACCACAUUUCAUCAAACACUUGGCUGGUUCCGGAAACUAAAGGAGCCAUUGUGCAAGGUGGAUAUGGCCACACCAGUGUGUAUGAUGAAGUCACCAAGUCCAUCUAUGUCCACGGAGGCUACAAAGCACUGCCGGGCAAUAAGUACGGCCUGGUGGACGACCUGUACAAGUAUGAGGUCAACACCAAGAUCUGGACUAUUCUGAAAGAAAGUGGGUUUGCCAGAUACCUUCACUCAGCAGUUCUUAUCAAUGGAGCUAUGCUUAUUUUUGGAGGAAAUACCCAUAAUGACACUUCCCUGAGUAACGGUGCAAAAUGUUUUUCUGCCGAUUUCCUGGCAUAUGACAUAGCUUGUGAUGAAUGGAAGACAUUACCUAAACCAAAUCUUCAUAGAGAUGUGAACAGAUUCGGACACUCUGCAGUAGUCAUCAAUGGGUCCAUGUACAUCUUUGGUGGGUUUUCUAGCGUGCUCCUUAGUGAUGUCCUUGUGUACAAGCCUCCAAACUGCAGAGCUUUCCAAGAUGAAGCGCUCUGUAGAAAUGCUGGCCCCGGGAUAAAGUGUGUUUGGAAUAAGAAUCACUGUGAAUCUUGGGAGACGGGGAAUGCAAAUAAUAUUCUCAGAGCAAAGUGUCCCCCUAAGACCGCUGCUCCUGAUGACAGAUGUUACAGAUAUGCAGACUGUGCCAGCUGCACCUCCAACACAAAUGGUUGCCAAUGGUGUGAUGACAAGAAAUGCAUUUCAGCAAAUAGCAACUGCAGCAUGUCUGUCAGAAACUACACGAAAUGCCAUGUAAGAAAUGAUCAGCUUUGUAACAAACUUACAAGCUGUAAAAGCUGUUCACUAACCCUGAAUUGUCAGUGGGAUCAGCGUCAGCAAGAAUGCCAGGGUUUGCCAGCUCACCUUUGUGGAGAAGGAUGGAAUCAUGUUGGGGAUGCUUGUCUUCGAAUCAAUGCCAGUAGAGAAAGUUAUGACAACGCGAAGCUUUAUUGCUAUAACCUCAGUGGAAAUCUCGCUUCUCUAACAACUUCUAAGGAGGUAGAAUUUGUGUUGGAUGAAAUACAGAAGUACACACAGCAGAAAGUGUCACCUUGGGUAGGCUUGCGCAAGAUCAACGUCUCCUACUGGGGAUGGGAGGACAUGUCCCCCUUUACAAACACGACGCUACAGUGGCUUCCCGGUGAACCGAAUGAUUCUGGAUUCUGUGCUUAUCUAGAAAGGGCUGCGGUGGCGGGACUAAAAGCAAAUCCUUGCACGUCUAUGGCAGAUGGCCUCGUCUGUGAAAAACCCGUUGUCAGUCCGAAUCAAAAUGCAAGACCGUGCAAGAAGCCGUGCUCCCUGAGGACCUCGUGUUCCAACUGCACAAGCAAUGCUAUGGAGUGCAUGUGGUGUAGCAGCACCCAGCGGUGUGUGGACUCCAACGCGUACAUCAUCUCUUUCCCAUACGGGCAGUGUCUGGAGUGGCAGACCGCCACCUGCUCCCCUCAAAAUUGCUCUGGCUUAAGGACCUGUGGACAGUGCUUGGAGCAGCCUGGAUGCGGCUGGUGCAAUGACCCCAGUGAUACAGGGAGAGGGUACUGCACUGAGGGGUCCUCACGGGGACCGAUGAGGCUUGGCGGAGUACACGGCAGCGAGGUGACCCUCGACCCCAGUCUGUGCCCCAAAGAAAAGAACUACGAGUGGUCCUUUAUCCAGUGUCCAGCUUGCCAGUGUAACGGACACAGCACGUGCGUCAGUGACAAUGUGUGCGAGCAGUGCAAAGAUCUCACCACUGGGAAGCAGUGUCAGGAUUGCAUGCCGGGGUACUACGGGGACCCCACCAACGGAGGGCAGUGCACAGCUUGCACAUGCAGUGGCCAUGCAAAUAUUUGUCAUCUGCACACAGGAAAAUGCUUCUGCACAACUAAAGGGAUAAAAGGUGACCAAUGCCAGUUAUGUGACUCUGAAAAUCGCUAUGUUGGUAAUCCACUCAGGGGGACGUGUUAUUAUAGUCUUCUGAUUGACUACCAGUUCACCUUCAGCUUGUUACAGGAAGAUGACCGCCACCACACCGCCAUCAACUUCAUAGCGAACCCAGAGCAGUCAAACAAGAAUUUGGAUAUUUCGAUUAAUGCUUCCAACAACUUUAAUCUCAACAUCACAUGGUCGGUUGGCUCAACAGGAGGAACAAUAUCUGGGGAAGAGACUCCUAUAGUUUCUAAGACAAAUAUAAAGGAAUACAGAGACAGCUUUUCCUAUGAAAAAUUUAACUUCAGGAGCAAUCCAAAUAUCACAUUUUAUGUGUAUGUCAGCAACUUUUCCUGGCCCAUUAAAAUACAGAUUGCAUUUUCGCAACACAAUACAAUCAUGGACCUUGUGCAGUUUUUUGUCACCUUCUUCAGUUGUUUUUUAUCCUUGCUGCUGGUGGCUGCUGUGGUUUGGAAGAUCAAACAGACUUGCUGGGCUUCUCGACGGAGAGAGCAACUGCUUCGAGAACGACAGCAGAUGGCCAGCCGUCCCUUUGCUUCUGUUGAUGUAGCUCUGGACGUAAGAGCGGAACAGACAGACUUUCUACGAGGGCCAUUAGAGGGUGCACCUAAACCAAUAGCCAUAGAACCCUGUGCUGGGAACAGAGCUGCUGUCCUGACGGUGUUUCUCUGUCUACCGAGAGGAUCAUCGGGCGCCCCACCCCCUGGGCAGUCAGGCCUUGCUAUCGCCAGUGCCCUGAUAGACAUUUCACAGCAGAAGCCUUCUGACAAUAAAGACAAGACUUCCGGAAUCCGCAACCGGAAACACCUCUCCACACGUCAAGGAACUUGUGUCUGAGUGGAAGCCACCUCGGUGCUGUGUGCUGGUUUACUUCACAAACCGCUUCCCUUAAAGCUGUUCUGUGGCCUUGGGUCUUACAAAGGUUAAUGUCCUGGGGUCCAGGGCCCAAGCACAGUUCCCUCUAAGUGGGCAAUGUCCCAAGUGGCCAAAGAAUGCCAGUGAGGUUUUUUUCAUUUUUUUAAAAAUAACAGUAUUGAUGGUCACAAGUGACAGAUUCAGUUUCUAUGGCUUCCUUGGGCUUAGAGCUAACACAACUUACUAUGGGAAAAGAUGUAUAUUGUUUCUUAAUACAGAUGGAAAUAUGUAAUUCUUAUAAGCCAACUGUUUAUAUCCCAAGACUUUAAAGAAAGACAUUUUAUAAUGCUUGAAUGGUGAGAAAUGUACAGUUUUUGCCUCUCGGCAAACAUCAGUUACUUGCAUAUGAGUAGGAAAUGAACAAAUCAUGGCAGCUGUGACUGCUGUUUUGUCUCAUUAUAAAUAUGAAAGCAAGGCUUUUAUUUAAUAAGCUGUAGGUCAUGUGUUUAAAUUCUGCACAUGACCAUAUAGUAUCCAGAGUCAAUUUGAGAAUGCGACAAUUUCCAGCUAAUAGGAACUCGGACCAGAGAGUCGGUCUGGAUGCCUGCGUGUGUGGCAGGAACUUUGUUAGAAUGUUGAGCAUGGGGACAUUCCUGCAAUGACAAAGCAUGGAAAAGACUGCCUGGCAAUUAGUGUCCCCUCUCCCACAAACAGUCUCCAGUUCAACAACCAGAAGAUGGCCAGUGCGGUCACUGGAUAGCAGAGUUUCUGGUCCUGAUGGUGGUGCUCUGGUUGCCUGGGAUCUCUGUGCCAGCACCAGGCCAACGUGUUCCCCUGGGCCUCCACUAGGAGGCGCCAUUUUCUUCCAGUCUUCUGUUCUCUGGGUUGUACUUACCUCUUACAAGUGUUACAAAACGUGUCUUAAAGGUAAGACUUUCCAAGUUCCCUGCCACCGACUUCUUCCUAUAGAAUGCAAGCAGGAAAGAGACACCCCGGCGGCGAGCAUCGGCAAAUUCUCCCUCCCCAAUACAACCACACCGCGCAGUCACACCAGGCGGUGAGAUGUCCACAGUCCAAGGACAAAUUCAUUGCUGGCCACAUCCUAAACAUCCCUAAUGACACAAAGUCCUGAAAAACAGCAGGAAAGAAAAACAAAAGGAAGACAGCUCGCACAUGGGAUUGUCACGUGUGCCCUAAUCCCAACCGCAGUUCACCGAGGUUCAGUCUGGAGUGGCUAUGGUUGACUUCAGGGUUAGCCCAGGAAAGGCGAGAGACUAGAACAACGAAAAAGAUACCCAGAGCUGCUGCACACUCUGUAGUCUUGUUUAAUAUGAGAGUCAUUACAUCUAAUCAAUGUUAAGUACUGUAAACAUACUUUUCGUGUUCUUUGGAAUUCUGGAAGGGGAUGGGUGACACUUUACGAUUAAUGCCUGGUUACUUGUUGCAUGCCAUGGUAGAGCAGUAGCAGAAUAUGACCCUAUCCCAAUGUCAAAUAUUUAUUUCAAAUUCCAUGUAUACAUAGCUUAAUUUGAUGAGGAUCGAGUGUAAUAUGUAACAGAAAUGACCACAGAAUAUGUACUGCAUCUUACAAAACAGUUAGGUCCCAUCUAACCAUGAUUGUCUUAUUUUGAUAACUAGCCUUUUGAAUAUAGUAUAUAUUCUUUAUGUUGGCAUGAUAAUUUGACUAUAUUUUCCAUGCACUCAAAAUCAGAUGACUUUGUAGAAUAGUUUUAGUAAUUUUCUCUACAGCCUGUGGGGUUUGGGUCGGGGAGGGAGGGCUGGUUGCUGAUACUUCCCAGGAGAUUUUUCUCUCAGAAAACUACUUGAGUUGAAUUUGUAAUUGUCUCCUAAAGACAAUCAAGUAAUUUGAUCAACUUUUUUUUUGGCUUUUGGACACUUUCUUGCUGAUUUUUUUCCCCAUAAAAUAAUAAAUUGGCAAAACCGGUCAUUAUAAAGAUCUAGUCAUUUGAAAAUAAGGCAGUUGCUCAUUUUGUUUAAUCCCCAACAUCUGUCACUAAAGAAAGCUCAUACAACGGAAAGAGAAGUCAUCAGACCUGUGUGAGUCAUUACAGCUUCCAGUUCCAGCAGUCAAUGCCAGCAAGGAAGAGCUGCCCAGUCUCAUCCACCAUGAAUCCCACAAGGUUCUUAAAACUUAAAUUCGAAUUAAGAGAAUUAUGGAAUUUAAUGCAAUGUCACCCUCUACCAUUAACUCUGUGGCCAAUUAUGCAAUAUAUUCUUGGCAUAUAAAGCUUUUUACUGGAAAUAAAAUUCUUCACCUCCAGGUGAAGUGAACCAAA